AAUUAACAACUUUCUGUUCGUCAUUUUCUCUCUCUAGAUUUUCCGUUAUCGACGAACAGUUUGCUGCAACGUUUUGUCCAUCUUGCAGUAAGAUAACGGAAAAAACCCCAAAAACUGAGGAUUUUUCUUGUAACGUUCUUCUUCUCAUCAUCAUUUCUUGUUUCUUGUAUCACAAGUCUCCUUCUCUGUUAUUUUUAAUUCCCCUAUUGUAAUUGUUUGCUACUGCUUGAUUCCUUUCUCUGCCACAUUUUCCCUGAAACUCUACAUACUUUUAGGUUCUAAAAGAUCUUCUUUGAAAGAGACUCAAUUGCAUAAUUUUUCUCAAGGAGAAGAAAAAAAAAGAUUACAUCUUGAUCACCCUCUGCUGAUGAACCUGAGAUUCCUGGGUUUGAUACUUGGGGAUCAUUCAGGAUAAGAAUUUGUUUCUUGAUGCGGAUAGGCGACAAACAAGAAGAUUGUGAAUCGGCCUGAGUAUUAUGGGCUGCAUCUGCUCAAAAGGAACUGCUGAAGAAGAAGUAAAUGUUCAACCUGAGAAACAAAACGAGAACUGGAGCAAAACGUCCUCAGUUAUAUUGAUUGCGCCAGUAACCUCCCAGAAAGACGAUUUCUCCCAUAAAUCCGUGGACGGAGGCUCUGGUGGACGCAAAGCUGAUGGAUUGCCGCAUAAACCAUCCGCUAGAGGCAGCGGAUUGAUUGUUCCUAUUGACGACAGUGAUGGUAAAACGGUGAUUGUAGAGAGACCAACAAGGUCUCACCGGAGAUGUUCAACUACAGAUAUUGGGACAGGAGGAGGAGGUUUCCUGUUUCAGCCAAGUAAUGUCAUCACAAGUGUCCCACACAGCCCUGAGGCCGAGCUCAUUGCAGCUGGAUGGCCUUCUUGGUUAACCUCUGUUGCAGGUGAAGCCAUCAAAGGUUGGGUUCCUCGGCCUGCAGAGUCCUUUGAGAAGCUUGAAAAAAUUGGACAAGGGACUUACAGUAGUGUGUACAGAGCUAGGGACCUUGAGACAGGCAAAACAGUAGCCAUGAAGAAGGUCAGGUUCGUCAAUAUGGAUCCUGAGAGCGUGAGAUUCAUGGCCAGGGAGAUCAACAUCUUGCGCAAACUCGACCAUCCAAACGUUAUGAAGCUCGAGUGUCUUGUGACCUCAAAACUCUCUGGUAGCUUGUACCUUGUGUUUGAGUACAUGGAGCAUGAUCUUUCGGGUCUCGCUCUUAGACCCGGUGUCAAAUUCACUGAGUCUCAGAUCAAAUGUUACAUGAAACAGCUGCUUAGCGGGCUUGAACACUGCCACAGCCGCGGAAUCCUCCACCGGGACAUUAAGGGUUCGAAUCUUUUGGUUAACAAUGAUGGGGUCCUUAAGAUUGGAGAUUUCGGUCUAGCAACUUUCUAUCAUCCAGAGCAAGAUCAACCCUUGACGAGCCGUGUAGUUACCUUGUGGUACAGGGCACCUGAGCUUCUACUUGGAGCUACAGAGUAUGGAGCAGGAAUAGAUCUGUGGAGUGUUGGUUGCAUUCUCACAGAACUGUUUCUAGGGAAACCAACCAUGCCUGGAAGAACAGAGGUGGAGCAAAUGCAUAAGAUCUUCAAGUUGUGUGGUUCACCAUCAGAUGAUUACUGGCAAAAGACAAAGCUACCACUCGCCACGAGCUUCAAACCACAACAACCUUAUAAGCGUGUCCUCUUAGAGACGUUCAAGAGUUUGCCAUCUUCUGCUCUAGCUCUUGUUGACAAGCUUCUAUCUUUAGAACCAGAGAAGCGAGGAUCAACUUCUUCAACACUAAAGAGCAAGUUCUUCACAACGGAACCACUCCCUUGCGAUGUAUCAAGUUUGCCUAAGUAUCCUCCAAGUAAGGAACUUGAUGCAAAGCUCCGUGAUGAAGAAGCAAGAAGGAAACGGGCCGAAACAGUGAAGGGACGUGGACCUGAAUCUGUGAGAAGAGGCUCAAGAGACUUCAAGAGUACUGUCACAACACCUGAGUUUAUUGCUUCAGGGCAGUCAAAAAUCACAAUCAACACACAGAAGUUUAAUCUUCAGGAAGAAAGUAGAACUGUCUCGAGGGGAGAGAACAGAGAUAAAGGCUUUUCUCAUGUCAAUUCAAUGAUUCAUCCAAGUACAGCAUCAACAUGGAGUAAAAAAGAGAUCUCUAGGAACAAUGUAGUAGAGCUUAAGUCUACACGAUCAAGCAACAUUCCCAUGACGAGGAGAUACUUGUCUCCUUCACAUAAAGAUGAUGCAGCCGUAGAACCCACAACGACAUACAUACGCAAGAAGAACAGAAUGCACUGUUCUGGUCCCUUGAUGCCUCCUGGUGGAAACAUUGAUGAUAUUCUGAAAGAUCAUGAGAGGCAGAUCCAAGAGGCUGUAAGGAAAUCCAGGCUUGAGAAAUCACUAACAAAGAAGAACCACAAAACAGGGUUUUUGACAAGACCAAUGCCGAUUCCAUCACCUUGUUUUUCGGUUGCUAAUAGCAUUCUCUGUAAUCCGAAAUCUUCAUUUCCGGGAUCGACGGUUCAUUCUUAUCGAUUUCCGAAGAGAAUCUCAGGAAACGGAACAUGGCUUCGCGAAAGGAGAAGACUUUAUGUGAAAUCGAGCAACCCAGAGGCGAAAAAUGAUGAAGCAACACAAAAAUCGACUAGUGCUAGUGAAAACACUUCGAUACCUUCUGAUAAUAGUGGCAAUUCAUCUAGCUUCUUGUCUGUUCUCUGUCCAUUGCUCAAACUUUUCUCUGGAGGUGACCCUUCUCAACAGCGGAAUCAUACUCUGGAGGUCGCAACUUCGUCAUUUGCAUCUGUUGCUAGACUUCCAUGGGGAUCUCGAGUAUCAUCUGGGAGUAUAGACAACCAAGAUGUUUCUUCUAAUCCUCCUUUGCGAUUGCAGCUUUUUGAAUUCGAGGCAUGUCCCUUUUGCCGGAGGGUGCGGGAAGCCAUGACUGAGCUAGACCUUUCAGUAGAAGUUUAUCCUUGUCCUAAAGGAUCUCUAAGACACAGAGAAAUAGUUAGAAGAUCCGGCGGAAAAGAGAUGUUUCCGUUCCUCAUUGACCCGAACACUGAUACUUCAAUGUAUGAGAGUGGUGACAUCGUAAAGUACCUAUUUAAUCAAUAUGGAAAUGGAAGAGGCCCUUCCACAGGACUUCUUGAAAGCACCUUGUUCACUGGAUGGAUGCCAACACUUCUCCGAGCAGGCAGAGGCAUGUCAUUGUGGGACAAAGCUUCAACCAAAUCACCACCUAAAAUGCUUGAGCUCUUCUCUUACGAGAACAACUCGUAUGCGCGGUUGGUUCGUGAGGCACUGUGUGAGCUAGAGCUUCCCUAUGUAUUACACAACACUGGAGAAGGGUCCACACAGACCAGAUCACUUCUAAAUGCUUCAGGAUCCAAUAAGGUUCCAUUUUUAGUUGAUCCAAACACUGGUGUCCAACUAGGUGAUUACCAGAAGAUUCUGGCUUACCUCUUCAACACUUAUUCUUCAGCAGCAUCUACAUAGUGAAUAGUCUGACAUGUACAUCAUUAUUCCCAAGUUAACAGACAAAUUGAUGGUGUCUCCAAGGAUCUUUCGAUAGAAAGUUAGUUCUGAUGCAUGCCCUAUCAUUACCACAGUGUCUAUCCACUAGUCUACUAUUAACCGCAACACAACCUGAAAGCGCUUGCCAGAUGAAAUGCUUUAUCUUCCUUGAUGUUUUCAGAGACCAUACUUCACUCUUUAAGGUAUUGGUAUUUGGUUCUAAAACCAUCUGAGGGCCUUCUGCAUCUUGAAGGUUAUUUGCUAAUUCGUAGCCUGAUUUCACAAAGUAUGCACCCGAUUUCGUAUAAGCCCAGCAGAAUCCAUCUGCUUUAAAACCCCGGCUAGGUUUGAGGCUCUUGAUACGGGGAAUUUCAUCUGGAGCACAUAGCUUUUUGUAAUCUAUCAAGUCUUCACUCCUUUGUACUGAUGUCAAUUAAAUGACUGACAAACAAAUGGUGAUCUCGAAAAGCCCCAUUAUCCAAUAGCUGGUCUUGCUGAAACUACCGGAAACCAUGGAUCGCUCCACACUUUCCUGUUAAAACCCGAUCCGAUGGUCUUCCUAAGUCCCACUUUUUGGAGAUCUCGCUUUUCCACCCAUAGAACGGAGAGCAUUCAACUUAUUAUAUGUAGUUAUACUUUGCUGUUAUUUUUUUUUUUUUUAUCUUUCACAAUAAUCAAUUCAUUUCUAAAAUUUAAGAUGGAGAAACGGUCUAUUUUCCUCUGCCGUUUUAACCAUCUUCAUCAUUUUUGCGUCAGGUUUGUAUAUUUAUUGAGAAUAAUCUUAAUCUAUGCGUUCAUAAAUUUGAAUACCAUGCUAUUUCUUAUAAAAAUCAAUUCAAAUG